UUGUCAGUUACCGGUCGUUUACUUCACUGAGUGAGGGAGGGAGGGCGACGGUUCACGGUUGAGUGAGUUAAGUCUGGGCGGAAAGAGGAAGCUGGUUAAAUAGGCUGCUAGGGUGACUACGAUGUAGCAACACUGUAACAACGGAGGAAUCGAUUUUGAAACAGAAUGAACAAAGCGGAAGACAUUUUAUAAAGACAAACGACCUUGUAGUUAUUUUUGACUGCAUUUACGUGGUGAACUUUCAAAACUUGAGUGUGUCACCUUUGUUACCAUGUAUGAGGAUGAAUGAGACCGUGCUCUUUGUCGAGGAAGAAGAGGCGGACAAGACAAAUCAGCAGGUUGAAGAGGACAAUGUCUCCAGGAAGAUGGUUACUGUCGACUGGGACCAAUGGGACAAGCUACUGCUGCCCUCUACACUGGACUCUGGUGUGCACAGUCUGGACACAGUGUAUGACAGAACCACUGUGAUGAUUGAACAAGACCCAGUGGGUUCUAGAACUGUCAAUAAAGAGGAGGAAGAGGACAUGAUGAUGUACCUACAUGAGGGAUGUGAGACGGAGGGCCGUGGAGGUCUGGAAGACCACUGGCAGGCCAUGUCACAGGGGUACAUCCACCACACCAUCUCCCAGGACCAGAUCCAGUUCACCAUCAACCCUGGUUCCACACCCAUGCCACGGCACAUCCAGGGGGCCACCAUCACACUGCACUCUGAGUGCCCAGAUACCCACCACAGCGAGGUGAAGCGUUACCAGUGUCUAUACGAGGACUGUACUCGUACCUACAGCACAGCAGGGAACCUGCGGACCCACCAGAAGAGACACAGAGGAGAAUACACGUUUGUCUGCAACCAGUUGGGCUGUGACAAGGCCUUCCUCACCUCCUACAGUCUGAAGAUCCACAUCCGCGUUCACACCAAGGAGAAGCCCUUCGAGUGUGACCAACAGGGCUGUGAGAAGGCCUACAACACACUGUACAGGCUGAAAGCCCACCAGAGACUGCACACAGGGAACACGUUUAACUGCGAGUCGGAUGGAUGCACCAAGUACUUCACCACUCUGAGUGACCUGAGGAAACACAUCCGGACACACUCCAAGGAGAGGCCCUUCAGGUGUGACCAUCCUGGCUGUUACAAGGCGUUCACCUCUAGUGACCAUCUCCAAACACACAUCCUUGGACAAAUAGGUGAGCCACCCCUCCUUCAGGUGGACACAGAUGGUGAUAACUCCCUAAGCUCCUCCAAGAGUCCGAGGGACAACAUCAAAGGUCACGACCCUGGACCAUCAGCUGACAUAAUUCACAGCCACUCCCUCCCAGACGAUUUGAAUCCUCGUUCCCCAUGUCUCAGUGAUAUGAGCCUGAUUUCCACUGCUUCUCAGCUCCGAGAAAGUAAUUCUGAUGCCCUGGACCUGGUGUUUGAGUUGCUGUUUCAAGACCAUCCCCAGAGACAGGAUGUGUCAUCGGUGGCAGUGCCCUCGUAUAGUUUGGAGAACCCAUCUCUAACCGUGGUGCUUUCAGAAGCAUCUCACCCUUUCAUUUCUACCUGUCCUGAACCCUCUGACUCUACCCCUAGUGAACCCCGUCCUGUACCCCUCACCCCUGGGUGCACCCCUGGUGAACCCUGUCCAGUUCCUGUUUCUCCCAUGAUCAGUGAUACACCUAAACAUGAGGUGAUUCCAGAACAGCCAUCCAAUCAGAGCCUACUACAACAGCUAGCCUCAUCCCUCCAUUCCCAACCAGGCUCCACCCAGAGCGUACUAUCACAGCCAACCACCACCCUCCAUUCCCAACCAGGCUCCACCCAGAGCGUACUAUCACAGCCAACCACCACCCUUCAUUCCCAACCAGGCCAAACCCAGAGCGUACUACUACAGCCAGCUGCCAUGUCCUCCAUCUAUUCUCAACCAGGCCCAUACCCUCCACCCUCCAGCUGCUCCCUCCAGGCCCCACUAACACCCCUCUCCCUGGGGUACUCUACUCCUCCUACGGUCCCUGCCCACAGUAACAUCCAGUCCAUCACCUUGUCCACUCAGAACCUCCAGUGGCUGUUGAACAGUAUCAAUGACCCGAGGCAGCAGGACAUGCAGACACAACUAUCCCAACAACACAGUGGCUCGACACUAGAGAAGCUCUAUUUCACCACAGAAACACCAAUGGGAGGGAACACAGGGACAGCUCUGCAGCAGAUAGGCCUGAGUCUGCCUGUCAUCGUAAUUACACAGGGAGAGUCAUGCCAGUGUCGGUGCCCCUGCAGAGACGGCAGCGCAGCAUCAGACACAGGGAAACAGACUGGUGCCCAGUUCCUUCAGUCCCAGGACCUAUCAACCAAGGACCCACCCCCCCAGCCCCAGGACCCACCACCCCAGCCCCCUCAGCCCCAGGACCCACCCCCCCAGCCCCAGGACCCACCACCCCAGCCCCCUCAGCCCCAGGACCCACCACCCCAGCCCCCUCAGCCCCAGGACCCACCCCCCCAGCCCCAGGACCCACCACCCCAGCCCCCUCAGCCCCAGGACCCACCACCCCAGCCUACUCCACCAUAGCAUCCUCAACCUCCACCUGUACAUCCCCCAUGAAAAUUAAAGUCAACAUUCUUAUUACUGGAGAAACUGUUCCUGUUCCUUAUCCAACUGAGGUGUCUCUAUGCAUUGUGCUGUGUACCUAACUCUUUCUGUUGUUAAUACCUAGUUCAUAACCUCAAUCAAUAGUAACCCAAACAACUCCAGACUGGUUGCUGAGGGUAGAAAGCAAUCAUGUGCUGCAUUUCAGUGUGGAUCAGGUCAAUUCUGGUAGCAGACUAGCGGUCUAUUAUGAAUUGGGCUUGAACAGUGGCUGGCUGCUGAAUGUAGUGUGGAAAAUGGUUGACUAGAGCACAAAUCCUCUGUAGCAACAUUCCUCUUUACAUCCAGUCCCACUGGAAACAUGAAAGGUGACAUUUAUUUUUGAUGGCGCAGAAAGGUAAAGCACUGUUAAAACAGACUAUCACUCCCCAAGCAGUACUUAACAUUGCAUUUUUUGCCAAAUGUGUGUGGAAUGCAAAUUGUUGUGGCAUCGCGUGCGUCAUGUAUCCGUACCGUUUCAUUCUGAACCUGCAAAUGAUCUCUGUGUAUUCAAGGAUGUCGAAUAUUGGGAGAUGUAAGUAGCAAAUGCUGCUCUAACAAUGCAGUGCAGUACAUUUAGACACUAGCAAACUAACCUGGCAAUGCACAAAUAUUAGUUUUUUCUUCAACGUUUUCUUCAAUGUUCACAAUAUAAGUGUUUUUAACAUGUCAUUUUUUAUGUAAUGUCAUCAUCUGUAACUGUUCUACUUACUGACAUGAUGACCAGAUGGACAGGUUAGCUGAGGUGUCUGCAUCAGGCUCCCUGUGGAGGAGCUCUGAAGAGUAACUGUUCUACUUACUGACAUGAUGACCAGAUGGACAGGUUAGCUGAGGUGUCUGCAUCAGGCUCCCUGUGGAGGAGCUCUGAAGAGUAACUGUUCUACUUACUGACAUGAUGACCAGAUGGACAGGUUAGCUGAGGUGUCUGCAUCAGGCUCCCUGUGGAGGAGCUCUGAAGAGUAACUGUUCUACUUACUGACAUGAUGACCAGAUGGACAGGUUAGCUGAGGUGUCUGCAUCAGGCUCCCUGUGGAGCUCUGAAGAGUAACUGUUUUACUUACUGACAUGAUGACCAGAUGGACAGGUUAGCUGAGGUGUCUGCAUCGGGCUCCCUGUGGAGCUCUGAAGAGUAACUGUUUUACUUACUGACAUGAUGACCAGAUGGACAGGUUAGCUGAGGUGUCUGCAUCAGGCUCCCUGUGGAGCUCUGAAGAGUAACUGUUUUUUAAUGUACAAAAAUCCACUUGAUUGUGUCUCUUUGAAUGUUCUGCAUUAUUGAACUAGCUUAAUGGGCUUCCUGUUUUUAAGUGCUUUGGUUUGGAACUCUGAGUGGCAGAAUUCCCUCGACGACAUCCCCCCAGCCAACCCUGCUGCCUUUAGAUACAUUUCCUCUCUCUCUGUAUCUGUCUCUGUCUCUCGUGCCUUUCUUUUUUCUAGUGUGACUUUCUGUCCCUGGACAAUGUUUUCACAUGACCUCAAUAUUCUCAAAGUGUCACUGAGUUAACAGAAGGAAACAGGUUUUUCCUAGCUUGCUUCUACUUCGCUGGCCUGAUGGACCCAUGCAGGAGGAUCAGAUGGUGAUGGAUUCAAGAUUGAAAAAGCUCUGUAUGGAUUAUGCUCAUUUAGAAUCUGAACUGAUAUACUUUGUUUCACCAUUGUAGAAUGAAUAUCAGUUUGGAUUCCAGGCUAAGAGUAUGCUAGUGGCAAGGAACAACAGGCUUUCUAAAUGUAAAUGACUUCCUUAUUUACGCCCUCCUACUGUCUUGUCAGUCAAUUCUAUUUUCAUACUUCUCUCUCUUUGAUUCUCUGUCCCUUUCUCUCCCCUCUCAGUUCACUGCCCUUCUACGGUUGACAUUCUGAGGUACGAACCAGGAAGCUAUAAUGGUAUGAAUGCAUCAUCUGAUCUGUCACCUGGCACUAGAAGGAUCAUUGAUGAGGAGUGUCAGGGCCGGCCGUCGCACGGUGCUGUGAAGCCUGACAUUUCUAACCUCACCACGCCUGGUUGGUUUGGUGUUAACGGCUAAUGUGUUUGGGCAGUGUGGGUAUGGAGCAGGACAGAGACUCAACACUGGCCCCAUGGUUUCUAUUUGUCCUGAGCUGAGUAGUAAAGUAGCUAGUGCAGUGUGUUGAGAAGGGACCAGGCAGCCUGCUACGGCUUGACAAUGAUAGAAGAGCGUGUUACAGGACAGGCUCCUUCCCAGAUGGUGGGUCUGACCCUUGCUGAUUUGGUUGAGUCGAAACCACCCUAUUUCAAACACACCAAAGAUGCCCACAUAGUAACCAGACAAUACGUUUAUUUUUCACCAUUUAAAAGUAUUACAGGAAAGAAUAAGUCCUCAAUGUCAGAAUGUCUCCAAGCUCACCCACACUACACAAACCCCAGUGGCUAUAUCAUUACUGUGGCGAUCAUCACAACAGAACUCAUCUGAAAGGAAUAGACUUAAGUCACUCAAAACAGGCUAUUUCUUGGCACUAACACAAGUUGACUUAAACCAACCAAUGAAACUUUGUACAAAAGUA